GUGGGAAGUGGUAAAUAUUUUUUGAUGAUUUUAAUGUUAGGAUGUCUUUACAGUGGAUCGUCAGGUAAAUGUAUUUGUGUGCUUGUGUGUGAGAGGGUUGUACAUCUGUAGACGUAUACAGGAACACACGACAUGGGUGUGUGUGUGUGUGUGUGUGUGUGUGUGUGUGUGUCAAGAGGAAAGAAAGACAAGGAAGAGGAGAUUAUUUGUAAAUGUGGCUGCUGAGAAAUUUGUUUGGUACGGACAUGAGGUUGUGAUCUGAUCUAAAACUGAAAAAAAAAAAAUGCCUGGUUCAACUUGGACAUAACAGACGAAUAUGGAUUGUUCCUGUUGAAGAUUCUCGCUUUAAUCAAGGUGACAACACAAAUCUGAAGACCUAAGCAAAAAGGAAUCUAUUCUGAAGACAUAUGAGGACUUUGCUGCUGACAUGCAGUACAUGCGUGCUCACCUUCCUUGGAGAACAUUCACAUGCCACAGGGUGCAUCAAAGCACACUAUUGAUCCUCUUAACUCGCAAAAUCUCUCACGUUUCAUGAAGCUCCCCUUAUUACACGUGAAAAACUGACUCAAGUGCACACUGACGCACCGCCCCCCCAGGUGGACUGUGGUGGUCUUCAUUCUGUGACGUUCUCACCCUUCAUUCUCAUUAUGCACACUGGACUGGAGGUUAGUUUGGCUUCAGAAUGAAACCAAGGCCACGUUCAUACCCGGUGUCAACACCAGUCUCAGGUGGACUGGUGAUCUGAUUACGAGUGGAGAGCCAAGACUGAGAUCCUUUAACACCUAUUUUCAUUCACCUGAAAGCUUCUCCAGUGACCAUCUGUGAUUGUACUUCUUGCUGACCUGACGGUUCUUUUAAGGAAUUGGUGAGGCUCAUGUACAAAUGUCUACCUCACGCUUCAAGCUCCUCUGUGUCCCACUACAGCCCUGAUCACACUUCAAAAUGUCCUCCAGCAUAGACCGGGAUGACAGCAGUAUCUUUGAUGGUCUGAUGGAAGAAGAUGAAAAGGACAAAGCAAAACGAGUUUCCAGGAACAAGUCAGAAAAGAAGAGGCGAGACCAGUUCAAUGUGCUCAUCAAGGAGCUGGGCACCAUGCUGCCUGGCAACACCCGCAAGAUGGACAAAUCCACCAUUCUGCAGAAAAGCAUUGAUUUCCUGCGCAAGCACAAAGAAAUUGCUGCACUCGAAUCCAGUGAGAUUCGUCAGGACUGGAAGCCUCCGUUCCUCAGUAAUGAGGAGUUUACACAGCUGAUGUUAGAGGCCCUAGAUGGCUUCUUUCUUGCUAUUAUGACAGAUGGCAACAUAAUCUACGUGUCUGAAAGUGUCACCUCUUUACUAGAACAUUUACCAUCUGACUUGGUGGACCAGAACCUGUUGAAUUUUCUUCCACUGGGUGAGCACUCGGAAGUGUACAAAGUACUCUCAACACACAUACUCGAAGGAGAGAGCCUCACACCCGACUACUUAAAGACAAAAAAUCAAUUAGAGUUCUGCUGCCACAUGCUCCGGGGCACCAUUGACCCCAAAGAGCCUCCCGUCUACGAGUAUGUCAAGUUUAUCGGAAACUUCAAGUCCCUCAACACUGUGCCUAACUCAACACGGAACGGCUUUGAAGGUGUGAUCCAGCGCUCGCUCAGGCCCUCGUUUGAAGACCGCGUGUGUUUCAUUGCCACCGUGAGGUUAGCCAAGCCUCAAUUCAUCAAGGAGAUGUGUACUGUGGAGGAACUCAAUGAGGAAUUCACGUCCAGACACAGCUUAGAGUGGAAAUUUCUUUUUCUGGACCACAGGGCGCCUCCUAUCAUAGGUUACCUGCCUUUUGAAGUUUUGGGCACUUCAGGGUAUGAUUACUAUCACGUAGAUGACUUGGAGACCCUUGCCAAAUGCCACGAACACUUGAUGCAGUAUGGGAAAGGGAAGUCAUGCUAUUAUCGGUUCUUGACCAAAGGCCAACAGUGGAUUUGGCUGCAGACUCACUACUACAUCACCUACCACCAGUGGAACUCACGGCCAGAGUUCAUCGUCUGCACACACACCGUUGUCAGCUAUGCCGAGGUUCGGGCUGAGCAGCGCAGAGAGCUGGGCAUUGAAGAGUCACCUCCUGAGAUCUCUGCAGACAAGUCUCAGGACUCAGGCUCUGAGUCUCAGUUGAACACCUCCAGCCUGAAGGAGGCACUGGAGCGCUUUGAUCAAAGUCGCACCCCCUCAGCCUCGUCCCGGAGCUCCCGGAAAUCAUCCUCACACACCGCUAUAUCCGACCCCACCUCUACCCAGACAAAGCUACAGGUAGAGCACAGUACGCCGCCCCGCCAAUCUGUCUCUAAUAUCGAGAAGACUUCUCAGCGCCGAUCAUCCCUCAGCAGCCAGUCGAUGAGCUCACAGAACACGAGCCAGACGAUGGCGGCUUGUCUGGUGUCUCAGCCUCAGCAGCUGCAGCAAACUGUGCAGCCAGUUUUGCAGUUCUCCACACAGUUGGAUGCCAUGCAGCACCUGAAGGAACAGCUGGAGCAGCGCACGCGUAUGAUUGAGGCUAACAUCCAGAGGCAGCAGGACGAGCUACGUCAGAUCCAGGAGGAACUGCAAAGGGUGCAGGGUCAGGGUUUACAGAUGUUUCUGCAGCAAGGUGGCGGUAGUCUGAACCUUGGCUCGGUGCAGUUAGCGCAGGGUUCCUCUGUACAGUCAGGUGCUGCUCUGACCAUGCAGGGACUGGUGGUGCCUGCAGGAAUCUUACAAGGCAACCUGGCAUCAACACAUACAGGCACACAGCACUCUAUCACUCAGCAGCCCCAGCCAGCUCAGCCACAACAGCAGACCAUUCUCCGAGAGCAAAGUGGCACACACACACAGUCCCAGAGGUCAUCCCACACACUGCAGUCUCCUCAGGGAGUCCUUCCUGCAUCCUUCUACAACACCAUGAUGAUUUCACAGCCUGGCCAAGCCAACGUGAUGCAGAUCUCCACCAGUUUAGCGCAGAACAGCUCGAGUGGAACCGCGGUCGCCACCUUCUCUCAGGACCGCCAGAUACGAUUUCCAGCAGCCCCUCAGCUCCUUACUAAAUUAGUGACGGGACCUAUGGCAUGUAGCGCCGUCAUGGUGCCCACCACUAUGUUCAUGGGACAGGUAGUUACGCCGUUUGCCACUCAGCAGAGUCAAAAUCAGACCAUCAGCAUAGGACAGCAGGCACCCGCUCCCUCACAGGAGCAGCAUGGCCAGACGCAAGCCAGCACGCAACCACAGAGCCAAAACCAGAAUCCACUUAAUCAGACUCAGUUCCUCCAGGCUCCUCGUCUUCUACACGGAAAUCAGCAGGCGCAACUGAUCCUCCAGGCAGCGUUUCCUCUCCAGCAGCAGAACGCCUUCACCACAACCGCACAACAACAGCAGCAGCAGCAGCAGGUGCAGCAGCAGCAACUCCAACAGCAACAUCAACAGCAGCAGCAGCAACUUCAGCACCAGCAGCUUCAGCACCAGCAGCAGCAGCUUCAGCACCAGCAGCAGCAGCAGCUGGCUUCUCACAGGCCAGACAGCAUGUCGGACCGCUCCAAUGCUCCGCCUCAGUAACCCGGCAACGGCCAGUCGUGUGUGUCGAGGACCGAAUCUGACCUCUGUAGUGCAGGGCGAUGAAAGAGGUGCAUUAGCAGUAUUCAAACUGUACCUGUUGUUUGGCGCAAAGCAAAAGGUGCUGUCGUGUCUCUGCGCCCUACGUGUCAUCCUUCACCAAGUUCCGAAUGCUUGCACUGAGUUCUGGGAAGAGUAGCCCACACGCGCCAAGCGGUUCGUAAGAAACCUUGGUUUCUUUUUCACCACACUUGCCUAUAUAUGAGGCAAGUCAAGAGAUGGGCCGUCUUUGAUUCACGCGUUCAUUUCUAUAGAACGCUCCAGUUUGUGGGCCGGAGGCAACUAUUUAAGACUUCAGAGAAGUCCAAGAGGAAAAAUGGCCUCGCAUCCAUUUGUCCAUCUUUUAUUUCCCCUCCCUUCCCUGUUCUCACAUGCCUCUCCUUUUCAUUUUUGUGUUUUCCAUGUUAAAAAAAAAGCAAAAAAAGCAAAAAUCAAUUAUGGGUCAGAAAAUAUUUUUAAGAUCGUCAUGUGGAUUCAGCUUUUAUUGUAUAGUACACCUGUAAAUGAAUAUGUAAAUAUACGGACAAAACAAAGAGAAACUAAUAUUUUAUAUUGAUGCAUGACACGGAAAAAAAGAGUGUAGUCUGUUAUUUGUAGCUUUGAGUAUACUUUUUCUAGUAUUCAAAGGAAAAACACUUAUUGGCUGAUGCCUUCACGGACUUCCUCUUUACCGUGAGGUGUGUGUGUGUAUAUGUGUGUGAGUGAGUGCGUGUGUGGGGACGUAUGUGUCUGCAAAGCGGACAGUGCUGGUUCUGCUUCGAGUGUCACAGUUUGUUUAAAAAGACGCCAUCUUUUUUUUUUUUUUUUUUUAAUACAUGUAACCAAAAUCCAUUUAUUAAUCUCUAAGCUGUACAUAUUUU